AUGGUCGUUCUGAACAUCCCUUGCAUCUUAUCAAAACGGUUCGCCGGAUCGAGUUACUUUAGCCAGAUCGUACGCGAGUUUGCCUGCAUGUUAAUCAUCCUUUCUGAAAAUCGCAAGGAAGAUCAGCCUUUAGAUCUAUUUCGGUCUUCGCCCACACGAGCCAACCAUUCCAUUGAAGCAUUAGAAAAUCUGAAGCAACUUGCUCAACACGGCGACAUACAAAGAACCAACGGCAAUAGUGGCGCUGAAACGGGAGUUCGAGAGUACCUACGAGUCAGUCUCUCUGGUGUAUUACAAGUCCUGGCAUUCGACAUCAGGCCCUGUUAUCAGUCUUCCAAAGACCAGAUUCAGAUGAAGGAUAUCGAGACGUUGUUUCCAGAUUCACAGGCAUACUCUGAAGCUUUCGGGCAAUAUAGGGACGACAUGGAUGUCGCUGGGGGUAGACCCCGGCAAGGCAAGGCUGUGUCCACAACGUUCUAUGCGCUGGACACCCAUUACCCCAGUCUGGCCACGAACCAGCUGGUGAGAUGGGUCGCUCUUUCACAGCCCGACGUUUUCGUACAGGAACUGGCUGAAUCAAAAAGAAAAAAAGCGAUAGCGCCCGACGGUCAGCUACGAUUUUACAAGCGGAACAAGGAGGAGAGACGCUGCAGUUAA